AUGUCUAGCUCCGCCGGCUCGUCGCUCGCAUCGACGUUGGUAUUAGCGCUUACGCAGAGUGAGGCACUCCAGCGGCAACUAGACGACGCCAAUAGACUCAUUGACCGACUAAAGCGGGAGAAUGAGCAGCUUGGGCAGGAAGUGAAGGAGCUACGCCAGGCUCAAACCCAACCGCAGACACCUCACCCAGAUCUUACGAUCCAGCUUGACCAACUGUUUCGCAAAGAUGCAGAGAAACAGGCAGAGAUUGACAGUCUCAGAAAGCGUCUAGCACAACCUCCACAUGCGCGGACACCAAAUGCCUCGUCGCCAGCUGUUCCUGAGGACGACCAACCACUUUUGCAUGCGUCCCGGAAGCGAACCAGAGUCAGCAGCCCGGGAGAUAAAACCUUGCGUGAAAUUGACGCGAAUUCGUCGCCGGGUAGCCGGCCUCAGCAACGCCGAAAGUCCAAGGGAAUGUCCAGGGACAAAGCGACUGGGGCUAUUCCGGUUAUCGCAGAGGAUGGUGUCGACUGUAACAUUAAUGAUGCGAGGCGAGAAACAAUGCCACCUAUAGACACCAGCAGCUCACCCAAUCAACGUCUCCAGGUAUUGCUGGCCGCACCCAGCGUGGCAGCUCCAGUAACAAAGGAAAUUCCUCGUCCUCGGUCCACGAAGAAGACACCCAUUUCGCAUAAAGGAAUAGAAAACAAUGAAUCGCUUCGGCGGCGCCCGCUCCAUGGCCUCAACCUUUCCGAUUUCAGGGUCAAUCCGAAAUAUGCUUCAGGCUCAGAUUAUCCGUUCCGGGAGGUCAUUCGAGAUAAGGAAGCGAGGAAGUGCUUGCCGGGCUGCAACAAGGCGGAAUGCUGUGGGGCUUCAUUCAAGGCGUUGGCGAUGACGCUUCCUCCGGACCCCAAAUUAUCAGAAAACGACUUGUUGCUUGAAUUCUUGGGACCAGGGUCGGAGCUGAAAAUCAGCGGCCUGACACCGCUGGCUCGAACCAAUCUAGUGCAUGAAGCUAGAGCGAAACGGCUAGCAAACGCAUAUGGCAGGAUGCACAGGGCGAAUUUCGAACCACCGUCAUCGCCACCGGCUUUCUGGAAUGUAGAUAUUCCCAGCACCCAGGAGCAGGAGGCGAUUCGAGGACCGGCUAGGGCGAAGGAGAGGGAGAAGGUUGAGAAGCGAUAUCAAGAGGCUCUGAAAGGCGGUCGCUGGCUGUUCGCAGAUGAAUGA